AUGUCUCUAGAACUUCCGGUGUUUGACAUUUCAAAGCCACUAAGCGAGUCAUCGUUGACGUCACUACAAGAUGCUUGUAAGGAGUGGGGUUUCUUCUACGUGACCAACCAUGGCGUCUCCGGCGACAUGUACCAGAAACUCAGGCGAUUCUCCGGCGGAGUGUUCGAGCUCGGAGACGAGGAGAAAAUGAAGAUGGGUCCGUCUAAUUACACUCCCCGUUUCAUUGCAUCUCCUUUCUUUGAAAGCCUCCGUGUCUCCGGUCCCGAUUUCUAUGCUUCGGCCAAAUCUUCCGUUGGUGCUUUUACCGACAAAGCUAUGGAUGAAGAGUUCAGCGGUUUGAUGAAAGAAUAUGGAGAAAAGAUGACGGAACUAUGCGAGAAAAUCAUGAAAGCCAUUCUUGCCAGCUUCAGUGACGAUCUUCAUCACAAAUAUUACGAAUCUGAAUUCGGAAACUGCCAUGGAUACUUCAGGAUCAACAACUACACAAUCCCCUUGAAAGAAGAUCAAGAACAAGGUGAACAAGAUGAAGAUGAAGAUGUGGAAGGGCUAGGAAUGCACACUGACAUGAGCUGCAUCACAAUCGUCGAUCAAGACGACAUUGGAGGUCUUCAGGUUCGAUCCAGAGAUGGGAUUGGUCUGAUGGAUAUAAACCCUAAACCCGAAGCUCUAGUGGUCAACGUUGGAGAUCUAUUGCAUGCUUGGACCAACGGACGGCUGAGAUCGUCCCAACACAGAGUUGUAUUGAAACGACGUGGUUUCGUCGGUAAUAGAUUCUCCCUCGCUUUCUUCUGGUGUUUUGACGAUGGCAAAGCCGUGUUUGCCCCUGAAGAAAUCGUGGGAGGUUGUACGAGUAUGAGGUUAUUUCGGUCAUUUGAGUGUGGGGAUUAUAUGAGGUUUAGGGAGAGUAAUGAGACAGGGAAGUUCGAGAAGGUUGGUCACACGGUCGAAGACUUUGCAGGAAUUGAAAACUGUAACUAA